ACAUGUCAUCCCCCAAAUGAGCACACGCGCUGUAGCAAUGGAGUUGAUUGUUGGAACAUACGAAGAGCUGUUACUUGGAUAUAGAGUUAAUUCGGGUUCAAACGGUGUUACAAUCGAGCCAUCUUUCACAAACAAUGCACACACCGGGUGCAUCAAGACUGUUGCUGUGUCACCAAAUCAAGUAUAUUUAGUGUCAGGAGGCACAGAUGAAACCAUUAAAAUCCACGAUCUUGUAUCAAGAAAAGAUUAUGGAUCUCUUACACACCACGGAGGUACAGUUACAGAUGUAAGCUGCCAUGGUGCAGUGCAUAUGUUUAGUGGCAGUGAGGAUGGAACUAUCUGUGUGUGGGGUAAAAGGUGGAUUCUUCUCAAAACUCUCAAGGGACACAAAGGUGCUGUAAACUGUGUGGCUGUCCAUCCGUCAGGGAAGUUAGCAUUGUCUGUUGGCAAAGACAAGACACUUAGAACCUGGGACCUCAUGAAGGGAAAGCAAGCCUUCGUUGUUAACCUGAAGAUUGCUUCUGAUCAAGUUGUGUGGUCACCAAAUGGAACCUAUUAUUCUGUACUGCAACAAAACCAGAUAGAAAUUUACAAGGCAGGCAGUGGCGUGGUGUGCUGCACUUACGACUUUGAACACAGAGUUAAUGUUGUGGAGUUUAUAUCGGACAGUGUGAUAGCAAUCGGAGGAGAAAGUGAAGAUCUUCAUUUAUAUGACAUCACAAAGCAACAAUGUCUGUGCAGAUUUACAGCACAUUCUAAUAGAAUUAAGGCAUUAAAAAAGGUGGAGUCUUUAGACAGAGAUGAAAGUGUCUGGCUUGCUUCUGCAUCUAGUGAUGGCUAUCUAAAAAUCUGGGCAAUUGACGAUCUAAAAAAGAUAGACUCGCCUCUCCGCCUUGUGACUGACUGCAACACGACAUUUCGUUUGACAUGCCUGACUUUUGCAUCUUCCGAGGUCAAUAAGGCUAUAAAGCAACCAGCAGAAGAAGGUGAAAUUAAUGAUCAGGAAACUGAGACCAAGACAAGUGACAAGAGUGACAAAGUCACAACCAAGAAAAAUCAACGAGGUGUGAAACGCAAGCUGAGAAAGCAGAAGGAUGACACAUGAUUGUGACGAAGCUAGGGAGACCUACCUGGUGCUUAUGAAUACACUGUAAAAGUAGUAAAUAUUGGAUAAUACACGUUUAUGUAUAAAAGUA